GUUGCUGUGGAAGGGGAGGGGCAGGACAAACCUGCUGGGACACAUUCAACUUGGAGCCUGAUUUUCUGAACAGGCCCAUUGGCGUGUGCCAGAGGAGGGAACAUUUCCCCCAUUUCUGAACCAGGAAACACCCCCCUGGGCAGGGCUGGGAAAACUGACCAGACUCCCAGUGCUGGAGCCUGACCCCACAGGUCAGAGGCUGCUGUGAAAUACAAAGGGAAGUUGUUGGGAUUCCUGUCCCUGUCCCAGAGCUCUGCUUCCUGAAUCAGCCUGUGGCUGGCAGGUGUGUGGGAAAUGAGAAAACCCUGCCCUGCUCCGUCUGCUGUGGGGGACAAGGAGUUCUCACCUUCUCCCCACCCCUUGAAGCCUCCUGGCUGAUCUGAGCAGGGUGCUUGUGGGAUUCUGCUUCUCUGGGCCUCCUCCCCCAUGACUAGUGGGAUUGUGGCUGGGGCAACAGGUGGUGAGUGGGGGACUCUUGUUGUUUCAGAUGCCGGUGACCUUCGAGGAGGUGGCUGUGUAUUUCACCGAGGGAUAGGGGGCUCUGCUGGACCCCGGUCAGAGAGCUCUCUACAGGGACGUCAUGCAGGAGAACCAUGAGGCAGUGACCUCGCUGGGAUUUCCCGUUCCCAAGCCCGACCUGAUCGCCCGGCUGGAGCGAGGGGAAGAGCCGUGGGUCCCGGAUCUCCAGGCCUCAGAGGAAAUUGUGAGCCCGAGAGACACCUGCACAGCAGGUGAUAGGACAGUGAGUGAGACCAAGGAGGAGAAUCAGCAGCAGGAAGGUCCUGAGGAAGUGGAAUCGCAGGAGAGGUUUUUCAGAAAAGCUGAAGGGAAUUUUUCCCAGUGCUUGGAACAGGGAAAUGCCUGGGGAGAUCGACACAGAUCAGAGAUGCAGCUGGGAAACUAUCCUGGGAAGAAACUGGAUAAAUCCACUGAAUGUGGCAGAGGAUGUAAGGAUCCCAAGGAAACCACAGUCCAGCAGACAAGUCACAAUGAAGAGAAACCCUACAAAUGCCUUGACUGUGGGAAAAGAUUCAGUGUCAGUGCAAACCUUCUUACACAUUGGAGAACCCACACAGGAGAGAAGUCCUAUAAAUGCCUUGAGUGUGGGAAAAGAUUUAAUGUGAGGUCACAGCUUGUGUCACAUAACAGAAUCCACACAGGAAAGAAGCCCUGUAAAUGCUUGGACUGUGGAAAAAGUUUUAAGCAGUGGUCACAGCUUAUGUCACAUCACAGAACCCACACAGGAGAGAAGUCCUAUAAAUGCUUGGACUGUGGGAAAAGCUUCAGUAGGAAUCUAUGUCUUAUUGUACACCAGAGAGUACACACAGGAGAGAGACUCUUUAAAUGCCUUGAGUGUGGGAAAAGCUUCAUUGACAGAAUAAAACUUACUAGUCAUCAGAGAAUCCACACAGGAGAGAGACCCCAUAAAUGCUUUGACUGUGGGAAAAGCUUCAUACAGAAGUCAAGGCUUACUGUACACCAGAGAGUGCACACGGGAGAGAGACCCUUUAUAUGCUGUGAGUGUGGGAAAAGUUUUAUUCGGAGCGCAGAGCUUAUUAAACAUCAGAUCACCCACACAGGAGAGAGACCCUUUAUAUGCCGUGAGUGUGGGAAAAGUUUUAAUCAUAACUCAGCACUUAUUGCACAUCAGCGAUCCCACACAGGAGAGAGACCCUAUGGAUGCCUUGAGUGUGGGAAAGGUUUUAUUGAGAACUCAGCGCUUACGAGACAUAGGAGAAUCCACACAGGAGAAAGACCCUAUAAAUGCCACGAGUGUGGGAAAAGUUUCAGUGUGCAAUCAACCCUUAAUACACAUCAGAAAACCCACACAGGAGAGAGACCCCAUAAAUGCUUCGACUGUGGGAAAAGCUUCAUUCAGAAGUCAAAGCUUAGUGAACACCAGAGAGAACAUACAGGAGAGAGACCAUAUAAAUGCCUUGACUGUGGGAAAACUUUCAUUAAGCGCUCAGACCUUAUUAAACAUCAGAGGAUCCACACAAGCGACAAAUCCUAUAAAUGCCUCGACUGCGGGAAAAGUUUCACUGACAGAAUAAAACUUACGAGUCAUCAGAGAAUCCAUACAGGAGAGAGGCUCCAUAAAUGCUUGGACUGUGGGAAAAGCUUCAUACACAUGUCCAGGCUUAUUGUACACCAGAGAGUGCACACGGGAGAGAAACCCUUUAAAUGCCGUGAGUGUGGGAAAAGUUUUAGUCAGAGUGCAACGCUUAUUACACAUCAGCGAACCCACACAGGAGAGAGACCCUAUGGAUGCCUUGAGUGUGGGAAAAGUUUUAUCGCAAGUUCAGCCCUUACUAACCAUAGGAGAUUCCACACGGGAGAAAGACCCUAUAAAUGCCACGAGUGUGGGAAAACUUUCAGAUACCGCUCAAACCUUACUAAACAUGGGAGAAUCCACAUCGGAGAGAUGCAUUAUGAAUGCCUUGAGUGUGGGAAACAUUUUGUUGACAGAACAAAACUUACUGUUCAUCAGAGAAUCCACACAGGAGAGAGACCCCAUAAAUGCUUAGACUGUGGGAAAAGCUUCCUUCAGAAGUCAAAACUUAUUCUACACCAGAGAGUGCACACAGGAGAGAGACCGUAUAAGUGCUUGGAGUGUGGGAAAAGCUUCAUUGAGAAGUCACAACUUAUUCUACACCAGAGACUGCACACAGGAGAGAGACCCUUUCAAUGCUGUAAAUGUGGGAAAAGUUUUAUUCGGAGCACAGCGCUUAUUACACAUCAGAGAACCCACACAGGAGAGAGACCCUAUAAAUGCCUUGAAUGUGGCAAAAGUUUUAGUCAGAGCUCAAAUCUUUUUGCACAUAAGAGAACUCACACAGGAGAAAGACCCUAUAAAUGCUUGGAUUGUGGGAAAACUUUCAGUCAGCGCCCACACCUUACUAAACACGGGAGAAUCCACACAGGAGAGAGACCUUAUAAAUGCCUUGACUGUGGGAAAAGCUUCAGUAAGACCUCAGAGCUGACCAAACAUCAGAGAAUGCACAAGGAUGAGAGACCCUAGGAAUAGCUUCUCUGCAGGAAAAGAUUCAAUUUGACUUCACGC